UCUCGGUGUACAAAGCUCAGAGAGAGAUGGUAGCAGGUAUGUUAGCCAGUGGUCCAAUGGGCAGUGCCGAAAUGGUCCAGUUCGCAGCUCACGUGAUCAGAGGCAGAUGGUUCAUGUGGUUCGCUGCCUUCCUAAUUAUGUCAGCCGCAGGCGCAACCUACAUAUUCGCCAUCUACUCUGAAGAAAUAAAAAAAUCGCUGAGCUACAACCAACAGACUCUCAACACUCUCAGCUUCUUCAAAGACCUCGGCGCCAACGUCGGCAUCCUCUCUGGCCUAAUCAACGAAGUCACUCCGCCAUGGGUUGUUCUAUCCAUCGGCGCCAUCAUGAAUCUAACAGGCUACCUCAUGAUCUGGCUUGCCGUCACAGGCCGAAUCGCUCGACCCCGCGUCUGGCAGAUGUGCCUCUAUAUCUGUAUCGGCGCCAAUUCCCAAUCUUUCGCCAAUACCGGCGCUCUCGUUACCUGCGUCAAGAACUUCCCAGAGAGCCGCGGCGUCGUGCUGGGUCUUCUCAAGGGGUUUGUCGGCCUCAGUGGCGCGAUUCUCACGCAGUUCUAUCACGCCUUCUAUGGUGACGAUUCUAAGUCGUUGAUUCUCCUUAUUGGAUGGCUCCCGGCUGCUAUUUCAAUGGUUUUCCUUUACACGAUCAGAAUCAUGAAGGUCGUCAGCCAGCCAAAGGAACUGAAGGUUUUCUACUCGUUUCUCUACAUCGGUCUCGCUCUUGCUGGAUAUCUCAUGGUUAUAAUCAUCGUCGAGAAACGGGUGAAUUUCACGCAAGCUGAGUACGGCGCCAGUACUGCAAUCGUCAUACUCAUGCUUCUUCUCCCACUCGCUGUCGUAAUCAGGCAAGAACUCAUGCUCUGGCGACUCCGCCUCCAAUCUAUCAACAAUCCAGCUCCGAUCACCAUAUCCCUCGAAAAAGAAGAAAAACCAUCAUUGCCAGUGAUAGAGACUCCUCCCCCACCGCCCAAGUUGGAGAUUUCAGAGAAACCCACCAAACCAAAAUCCAUGAUUUUGCGCGUGAUAGCUAAACUCAAAUCGCCGGAGCGAGGCAAUGACUACACCAUCCUACAAGCGCUUUUCAGCGUGGACAUGCUCAUCCUCUUCCUCGCAACGAUCUGCGGCGUCGGAGGCACUCUGACAGCGAUCGACAACAUGGGUCAGAUCGGAAAGUCAUUGGACUACCCACAACGCAGCAUCAGCACGUGCGUCUCCCUCAUCAGCAUAUGGAACUUCUGCGGCCGAGUAGUGGCUGGGUUCGUGUCCGAGAUCGUCCUGACUCGGUACCGAUUCCCCCGCCCACAGAUGCUGACGCUCGUCCUCCUCCUAUCCUGCGUCGGCCAUAUCCUAAUUGCAUUCCCUUUUUCUGGGUCCCUCUAUUUCGCGUCUGUGAUCAUCGGAUUCUGCUUCGGGGCACAAUGGCCGUUGCUUUUCGCCAUCAUAUCUGAGAUCUUCGGUCUCAAGUACUACUCGACCUUGUACAACUUCGGUGCGGUGGCGAGUCCGAUCGGGUCGUAUAUUCUCAACGUGAGAGUUGCGGGCCAUCUUUACGAUAAAGAGGGGCUGAGGCAGAGGGCGUUUGCUCCUGGCCCAGAAUCGAAAGAUCUAACUUGCGCCGGAGUGCAAUGUUACCGGCUUUCUUUUAUCAUAAUCACAGCGGUGACGGUUUUCGGAUCGUUCGUUUCGUUCGUUCUAGCGAAGAGGACGGAGAAGUUCUACAAGAGCGAUAUCUAUGCCAAGUUCCGCGCUGCAGCGGAAGCGGCGGAAGCGGCGGAGGCCGAGAUGGGAGCCGUCGUUGGUAAUGGCAGAGCGGUUGUGGAGAGAAACCGAGAGAAUGGGUCGACUGCCGCAGACGGUAGCGACAAGCACUGAGUUUGAUGGGUAUUAGGAUUCGAAACUCGGUCUCUGUAUUUGAUUUGGGGUCGAAAAUCGUUCCGACUCGGUUCAACUCAAUCUAACUCGGUAUGACUCGUUUCGACUCGGUGAGAAAGGAACCUGAGUCGAAUGAGUUCUUGACUUGGAAAUUGAGUCAACUGUGCCCAGUAUUGAUACGGUAGAAAGUCUGGUGAAAGAAAAGAAGACGGGAAAAGGAUAGUGUAUAUGAUUAUUAUACAAAGAAAAGGAAUCAAGGGUCUGAAUUCAACAAACGGAUGUCCAUUAAUCAAUGGUUAGGAUUGUUCAAUCAAUCUGAUUUUAGGCUAGUGAUCUAUCUACAGGGAAUGCUGCAAUAUGGACGGUUUAAAUUGAUGAGUUGUUUAUAUGCCACGUGUACAAGGCCUAAGAACCUGCCAGACUUAAGUCACUCUGCUUUAUGUUUCAACAACAUACAAAGCUUUCAUUACAGCCCACGUGUCACUUUUUAUAUUAAAUCUGAGCCGUGAAAAAGGUAGCUCGAAUUAUGAGUAUCGUCUAGAACAAAAAAUUAGAAAUUUCUAUUUAUAGUGAAGUAUAUACCGUUGAAAUAAAUGUAAAGACGAUGUAUGAUUCAUAUGGAUAUUUAUAUCCCACCUAAUAAAUGGGUUGCAGUAAUUAUUAGUUUA